UGCUGAGGCCAUGCUCAGGCUCCGCCUGCUGACCUGGGACGUGAAGGACACGCUGCUGCGGCUGCGGCAGCCCGUGGGCCAGAGCUACGCGGCCGAGGCCCGGGCCCAGGGGCUGCAGGUGCAGCCCGAGGCUCUGGGGCGCUCCUUCCGCGAGGUGUACGGAGCCCAGAGCCGGCGCUUCCCCAACUACGGCCACGGCCAGGGGCUCAGCUCCCGGCAGUGGUGGCUGGACGUUGUCAAACAGAGCUUCAGGCUCUCGGGCGUGCAGGACGAGGCAGCCCUGACGAAGCUGGCAGAGAAGCUCUACCGCGACUACUGCAGCUCCAACAACUGGGAGCUGCUGCCGGGAGCCGCCGAGACCCUGAGCCGGUGCCGCCAGCUCGGCUUCCGCAUGGGAGUGGUGUCCAACUUCGACGGGCGGCUGGAAGCCAUCCUCUCGAACUGCAACCUGCGGCACCACUUCGAGUUCGUGCUCACCUCCGAGGCCGCGGGCUUCGCCAAGCCCGACGGGAGGAUCUUCGAGCAGGCGCUGCGGCUCGGCGGGGCGCGGCCCGAGCAGGCGGCUCACAUCGGCGAUGACUACAGCCGGGAUUACCGGGCGGCCCGGGCCGCGGGCAUGCACAGCUUCCUGCUGCGGGCGGCCGGGCACGCCGAGGGGCCCGAGGUGCCCCCCGAGCACGUCCUGCCCACGCUCAGCCACCUCCUGGCUCGCAUCGAGAAGGAGUAGCUGCGGUUCGGAGGGGGCCGGUGCUGCUGCCAGUGCUGAACUGUCCUGACAGGAGAUUUCUUGCUACCAGGUGGGCAGGGAAGAGCAGCAAGUCUGAGCUGCCUAUGGAGCAGGAGGAGUGUCCAUGCAAUAAAACAUUUCUGAUCCCCAGCAGCAGAGCAGAUGUGUUUCAUGGCUCUAACAACACCACAGGUCAGCUGUGGUGUCUUCCCCUAACAGGUUGGGACUGGGUCACUGCAGAGGUUCAUUCUGGCAGAUACUGAGGUUUAUCAGGGACAGGCCUAAACAUCCCCCAGUGCAAGUGGUGGCCCUGUCCCAGGGAAGCUUUGCCCACACAGAGCACCCAGGACACCCCUGCCCAGGCCCUGCACCCUCAGUGUACCCCAGCUUUGCCACCUCACCAACAUCCUCCCCUUCCCAACAACGGUGGGCAGGCAGGAGGUGCCUGCAGCUCUCCUGCUAUGGGCAAAACAGCCAGGAGCUGGGCAAUUUCACUUAAUGAAUUGCUAAUUAACAAACUUUACUGAUUCAGGUAAUGAAAUAAAGAUGACCCUUUAAAGAUGA